AAUUUUCUGCCCGGUGAAUAUUUAAGUCGGCCAACCUUUAUUAUCAGAAAACCCUCUCAUCAAUUCAGUUGGGCGUUUUGUUUCCUGUCCAAUAUCAUCUCUCGGAAUUUCCAUUUCUCAAUCGGAGAAGUUGUUUUCCAGGGAUUAAGGAACCGGUACCUGGAAAAUGCAGGGGAACAGAGGAGGCGGGGAUCCAUUUUUCGGUUUUGGUGACCCAUUUGCUGGCUUUGGGGGGUUUAAUGGCUUUUCAGGUCAUAGGAGUUUGAUGUCCAAUUUCUUUGGAGGAAGGGAUCCUUUUGAUGACCCUUUCUUCACUCGCCCAUUCGGAGGCAUGUUUGAGUCUGGCCAUUUUGGCCAUCCUGGGAAUCCUUUUACAGAUGCGCAUGCAUCUGGAUUUCUUGAACAUCAAGUCCCCCAGCCUGGCUAUCCUGGGAAUCCUUCUACAGAUGCGCAUGCAUCUGGAUUUCUUGAACAUCAAGUCCUCCAGCGGGCCCAGCCCAGUAGGCUGAGGGGGCCAAUUAUUGAAGAACUGAACUCCGAUGAUGAAAAAGAAGCUCAGCAGGAGAAGAAAGACAAUCCAAGAAAGCACAGCAGAUCAAGCAAAGAACCUUAUGUGGAGGUCCCGGAUGAUGAAGCUGAAGGGAGAAAGAGUAAGCAAAUACAGUACAGGAAUGAUUUCAGCAGGCCAAGCAAUACGUAUUCACAACCCCAAACUCAUAGCUUCAGCUUUCAGAGCUCCAGUGUUACUUAUGGUGGUGAAAAUGGAGCAUAUUACACCUCAUCUAGGACUAGGAGGACAGGGAGUGACGGAUUGACAAUUGAAGAAAGGAAAGCAGCUGAUACGGCUAGUCGUCAAGCUUCUCAUCAGAUCUUCAGGGGAAUUCACGAGAAGGGUCAUACAGUUGCAAGGAAACUAAAUUCUGAUGGCCGGGUGGACACAAGGCAGACCCUGCACAACCUUAACGAAGAGGAGCUGUCUGGUUUUGAAGAAGUUUGGAAGGGAAGUGCAAGAAAGCAUCUACCCGGUUGGAGUGAGGGGUUCAAUCUGCAGGAUGGUAUAAGUGGACAAAAUGGGCAGGCAAGUGGGGGUGGCUGGGCACUCCCUUCGACUGAGCAGCCUCAGCACUCAGAGAAUGUGCCAUCAGAUAUUGGUGAGAGAGAAGGUGCUUCACGUCCACAGCAUUCAGGGAGGAUGAAAGCAGGUGUUGGAGAUAGGUCAGGUUCUUCUCGUGGGAGAUCUAGAUCAGGUUCUGCUGCUGCUAACGUGGAUCGUGUUAGGAAGCAUUGAGCAGUUCAUGUCAUUCCACCACUCUUUUUCAUGCAGUCCCUGUAGUUUUUGAGUUGUCAUUUCGUACGUACCCAAAAGUUUAUGUUGUUAACGGGCGCUUAAUGCGUUUCACGUUUUAGUUUGGUUUGUUUAAUAUGGUUCUGGGAGAUUCUGUUCUCUAUGGGUGUCUGUCUUUUGAUGACAUCUUUAAUGUAGGCGUUGCUUAAGCGCUGGCGUCCUAAGUCCAGCUGAAAUCCUUAAAUAUUAUACUUUUCAGCCGUGUGGCUUCGUUUUGAACUGGGAUAAUUACAUGAAAGAAUCACAAUGUGCUGCUGCUUUUCAUUGUAGCAGAAAUGCUUGCUCUGUUUAUAUCUCAGUUUGGAUCGAAUUACUACAAA